CUUCCUCUUUCUCUUCUCCUACUACCACCACCACCACCACCUUCACUCGUUACUCGUUGUUGAUUCGUCCCGUCACAAUACCGCCAAAAUGGGUAAAGCAGGCAGAGUCGCCUGCAUCUUCAUCCCCAUGGCCCUCACCAUCGCUUCCUUCAUCUGCGCCAUCCUCCUCCAAGUCGCCGGCUGGAACACCCUCGACUCCUACCACUUCUUCAAAGCCAACCUCACCGACCUCCACGCCGAUGGCUCAGCCUCGACCAACACCGCUCUCACCACCGCCAUUGGCAAUAUCAAGACCGCCGGGGGCAUUGGCGACAUCUACGAGAUCCAUCUGUGGAACUACUGCUGGUCCAAUCAGACCGACGGCAGCGACAAGGACUGUACCAGCAGAAAGAGCGGCUUCGUGUUCGACCCCAUCAACAUUUGGGGCCUGGAAACCGAUGAUACCACAGCCACAAGCACUUCUUCGUCCGACAACGCCCUGGAGAGCGCUGUCGCAAACAUCAAGGACAACUAUGACGAAUAUGCCGACAAAUUACUCGGGAGCAGUGGCAAGAAAGCCCUGAGCGCCUACCGCAAAGUUGCGAAAUGGAUGUUCAUUGCCUACCAAGUCGCCUUCUGGACCAACCUCGCAACCAUCGUCAUCGGCCUCCUCGCCAUCUGUUCCCGCUGGGGAUCUCUCCUCACCUGGAUCCUCUCAUUCGUUAGCACACUCUUCACCUUUGCCUCCGUCCUCACCUCCACCGUCCUUUUCGCCGUUCUCGUCAGAGCCCUCAACGAAGUCCUCGAAGACUACGGCAUUGUGCUCACACAAGGCCGCAACGCCCUGAUCGCCGGCUGGGUCGGUGUGGCUUUCAGCCUGGCUGCCACGUUCUUCUGGGUCUUUAGCAUUUGUUGCUGUUCGGGCAGGAGCAACCCACACCACAAAUCCAACAAGGGUGGCUUGUGGAAUGCCGAGCCCAAGGGAAUGGGCUACCGCAAUGACGACGCCUUCUCCGUUAAUCGUGGUGGGAGAGAAGGCGUGAAGGCGGAGAAGACGGGCGGAGACUACACGAGAGUGGCUUCACCGUACGUGGGAGAUUAUGAGAACAACGAUCAGCUGCCGUUGCAUGAUUACGCGCAGCCGAGUCCUCAUGUCGGUGGCGGUGCAGGAGGUGGAGGAGGACUCCAUCAGGGAUACGAGCCAUAUAGGCAUGCAUGAGGACGCGAGCGGUGAUGAGACAUUAUUGAUACCUGCAGCGGGAAUGAUUUUGGUCUUGUUUUUUUGCGUUGGCUUCCAUGCAUGCAUGUAGAUUUGCAUGGGACAUUGCGAUGAUACCACGACAGCGACAGUAACGGCCCCAUAGCAGUGCACUAUGGUACCAGUUUUACUUUUUUUUACAAGCCGAAUACCACGAGGUACGGGUCUGUGCAUGUGCCAUGACCUCGAUCCUUCGUCCCCUACCUACCCACUGCACCAUGUGCCGACCAACUCAAAUUAUUUCCCACCUGCCCUCUUCGCGCCCUCCAAGAUGUCCCAAAUCGGUCGCUCCACCACCACGACCUCGAUCGGUAAUCCUCCAGCUUCUUCUCCUGCUCCGUCCUUGAUACCUGCAUCAUCCUCGAAUGGCACCACUCCCAGUAUGGGUCGGUACUUGAACGUGCAAUACCAUGGCCUUCCUCCCGCGGCCCCCUCCUGCUUUCCCGUCGUGGCAGCAGAUACAUGUAGUAGUGACCCACCAGACUUGCCCGGCUCCUCGUCCACACUCUUCGCUCGUGUCAAUCGGAGCUGCUCCUCCUCCUCCUCCACCAUCAUAUCGUCGUCCCCGCCAUCAUCCUGAUCAACCACUACAUGUGGUCCUGCUCUGCCUGCUUUUCUACUGCUGCUGCCCACAUCAAAAUGGAUCGACAUCUCACUUCCAUUCUCGACGCGCAGUACCUUGCCCGGUAGACCCUCACGAUCGGUGGACAGCGUCUUGCCGCCCGCCCCGCUCGUCUUGAGUCGCUUUGCUGUUUGCUGCACUUCACCAUCAGCGCCACCACCCUGACUUUGUCUGCGUUUCUUGCUAGGAAGAUCUCCAGAGACAUUGAGCAUGAAAAUCCAAUACGAUCCAUAGAGCCAGAUGCGAUGGCCUUGUGCGGAAACGUCCCACACGGCGUCGAUGACACGGUCGCGCAUCCGGUGGAAGUCCUCGGGCAAGAGCGACGUGGGAUUGUUGCGACUCCAUUCGCUCAAUCUGCCAUGGAGCACAUCGUAUUCAUACAUCUGGUGCUUGGCAGUCAUGAUCCAUAGCCGGUAGGGCCCUGGGGGCAUUUCGUGUGAGUGUGCAUGAGGAUUAUUCCGAGUCGAGUGCACGCCAGGAUUCCCAUUCACCUGUUGACCACUGGAUUGCGCAGAGGUGGCAGCUGGCCGGAAGGACAAUACGAGAGGUGCACUGUCCAAUUUGGGAAGCAAGUGCGCGGACGGGUUGUCGACCCAGUGUUGACCGUAGUAGACAAUGCGCUCAUCGUCGUCAUCGUCAUCAUCUGAGCUCUCUGUGGAAGCUUCAUCGAGGGAAGCAGCUUUUAUGGAAUGAGCCGAUGCGGUAUCGAUUGCUGGUGCUGUGGGAUCCUCGUGACCCUCCAACACCCAUGUGUCUAGCUGUCCAGAAAGAUCGCUGGCAGCGAGCACGCAGCUGUCAGAAGAAAACGCGACGCGACUAAUGGUCUGAUCAUAAGCCCUGAACGCAUCAACCGAUGCCAGUCUCCGAUGUUGCCGCUCAAGCUCCACCGUACGAUCCAGGAUUUGCACAUGCUUGGGCUUGUCCAAGGCUGCGGCAGUGCGGGCAAGAUGCACCUCAUUAUCAAGCUGAACAAUAGCGAGCCACUUGCCGUCCGGCGAGAAGCGAAGCACACGAGCCCCUUUCGAGGCCACUGUGCUUGGCACAUCCAGCUUGCGUGGGGCAAGUGCUUCCGAAUCUGGUCGUCUGCGUAAAUGAAAGGCCUUCACUCCCGUAUCGGUCGCGGCAGCCAGAACCUUACCAUCGUCCGAGAUGGCGGCACUUCUGAUGGCUUGCUUGCUGUCGAGUACAAUCUUGGCGACAAGCUUUCGGGGCGGCGUGGGCUCGGGGGUAUAGUCUAGUGUCUGUGACUUGGCAAUCCGCCACACGCUGAUGCUGUUCUCGGCCCAGCUUACCAGUAGUCUCGCAUGUCGAGCGCUGGUGAUGGGAGGCUGCUGCGGCAGGUGCGGUAGAGUCUUCGAUUUCUCUUUGCCAUAUUCGCGCAAUGGUGUUACGAUCGGAGCGAGAUCGCCACCACCAGAGACGACGACACUCAUCCCAUUGCUGUCGUAUGCAGACAUGGCCUUGACUUCGCUCUUGGUAUGUAUUCGUCGGUGGUGCGCCUUGGCCCACGAUCUUCGACCGGCAGGAUUCAUAAGGUUAUGGUACACGGCGACUCUGCCGUCCAGGCUGCCCGUGAAGAUUGUUUUCCCGUCUUCGCUGGUAACAAUGUCGAUGCAGUCGGAGUCAUGGCCUUUGACGCGUUGAACCAACGAGUACGACCUCGCAUCCCAGAACACCACAUCUCCGUUCGAGUCUCCAGACACGAUAUCUCCAUUCGGAAGGCAUUUGACCUUCCACACAAACUUCGUCUUCGGGGCGGGCGCAAUGCCCGCGCCCAAGCUCAUGGUCCUCAGAACAUUGCCGCUUCGUGUGUCCAUAACCCGGAUAUUGCCAUCUGCGAAGCCCGCCACGAUGCGAUCGCUGGUCUGGUAUGUGAUGCUCAUGCACCGCGCCUUCUUGCCAGACACGCGGGCCACGAAGCGCUGGAACUGAAGGUCGUUGUCCGCGGUCGAAAGAAGCACAAUUGAGCCGUCGUGACAGCCAGCGACCAAGUCUUGCGAUUUCUGCUCCUCCUUGCCGCCCAGCAGUCGUCGGGGCUGUGCGGCAAGACACCAUGCCUCACUGAAGUUACCAGUGCUCUUCUUCUUGGGAAUUCCUUUUUCCAGAUCCCAUUCAGUGAUAUCUGGCGAGGACGCGAUACUGAACAGUCGGUGCUGUCCUAGCACUGGCCGUCCUUCUUCAUCGGUCUCGUCCGGUUCGCGAGUCCACAGCAACCCGUCCACACUCUUGCUGCUUUCGCCGAGAAAUACCGUCUCCUGCACCCAUCUGCCACCCAGAGGGUUCCAGAUCUCGAUGUGACCAUUGUCUCGUCCCACGGCCAGUCUCAGCGUGGGCUGCGGGAAUCCGGUGGGCAGCUUUUCAUCGCACGAUCUCGUGAAGGCGACAGCGGUGAUGGGUCGCACCGGAUAGGAGACGAAGCGGGAGCGAUGAACGUCCAUGGCUGCAGAUGCUCCUCUAUGUCGACAUGGUUGCGCGUACUUGUGGUCGAACUUUUUCGCCAAGCUCCAUUCGCUUAUUUGCCGCUAGCAGCCACAGGUGGCGGUGCAUUAGCGCUAGCUUCCAGCUUCCCGCUUCCCGCUGGGUG